GUGGAAUUAAAUCGCAAAGAUAAAGAGUAACAGAUGCUGUGUAAAAAUGUUGACUGGCGCGGGCGAGUGGCGGCAGGCGCCAGUCGCGACGCGUUCUCUUGGCAUCGCGCUAUCACGUGGUUGGCGGUGAUGCUGAUGCAUUGUCCCGGGUCGACACUUUUGUAUCGUAGUAAAGACGGAGGAGACCCGGAAAACCACCAAUUGCUUCCAAGUGUGAAAGAAGUGUGCGUUAAAGCUCACAGCUACUUUGACAUCAACCCGGCAAAACUUUUCUCCACCCUGUAUCGCGGACCAGCAUCAUUGACAGCAUAGCACCCCAUCACCACCAAACACAAUGGCGAAGAAAGCGAUAUCAAAAGACCAAAUCGUCAAGCUGAUAGUCGGCGCGGGCCAGGCGUCCCCCUCGCCGCCCGUCGGUCCCGCGCUGGGAAGUAAAGGAGUGAAGAGCAUGGAUUUCUGCAAAGAAUUCAACGCGCGCACCGCGCACUACAACCCAGGCACCCCGAUCCCCGCGCGCAUCACCGUGCGCCCGGACCGCUCGUUCCACUUCCAGCUGCGCACGCCGCCCACCGCGACACUGCUGCUCUCCGCCGCGGGCGUCGCGCCCACGAAGAGCAAGAUCCGCGGCGCGGGCAAUGUACCGGGUCCGCUGAAUAAUCACGAUGGGCAGAAGGGCAAGACCAGCGCGAACAGUCCGACGGUCGGGAAUGCGGUGCUGGGCACGAUUGGGACGGUCAGCUUGAAGCAUGUGUAUGAGAUUGCGAAGAUCAAGCACAGCGAGACGAGGUUAUCGGGAUUGAGUCUGGAAGGGAUUGCGAGGAGUGUUGUGGGGCAGGCGGCGAGCUUGGGGGUUGUGGUUGUGCCGUAGAGGGACGGUGUUGAUGUGUACGAUCAUGGAUGUAAUGCGGCGUAAAGACUUCUAGGGCAGAUUUUCUACGCGUGUCUGUAUAUCAUUAGAGAUGAAGGCAGCCUGCCAUGUACGCAGUAUGUACGCGACGUAUAAAUCUGCAGCUGAUAGAUUUGCGGUAUCUGAAUCGAACCGUUGGCCUGAGGCAAGUUCUUGAAUGAUUGAACUGCUC